UCCACUGACCCUUACAGCCACGUCUUUGUACCUGCGGGUCACGAGAGCCGACUCAGCUGAUGGCCCUGAAAUCGAGGUCACCUGGACGAUGCCCAAGCAGUACCCUCACCUGACCCUCACCUGGGUGGCACUCACCUACACGUCACAGGUCAGCGAGAGGGAAGUCGGCAACCACCAGCUGGAGGAAGGGAGCGGAAAUUACGUCAUCAAAGGAGGUCUGAGGUACAACCAGCAGUACAAGAUCUGUCUCAUUACCUCCUCACCUGCCUGUGACCACGCCUCCUCCACCUGUUCUUACGUCAAGGUGCCUUCAGCUCCGUCGCCUAAGAAUGCUAAAG